CCAUGGUUGUCUUCAUUUAUUGAAUCUUGUUUGAAAAGUGCUGACGGGCGAUGUCAUAAGCCACGUAAUAUUUUCGAAUUCUAGAGGAAGCCGCGAUUCGCGGUGCUAUUCUUAAGGAAUUGUUCAGGACAAGAAAUUGAUGUCGUUUCUGUCACUUAGAUUCGCAAGAAAGAAUUGCGUAGUAAUAGAGAAGGUGGCGAAAGAUGUUGAUCAGCAGCCAGCCGUGCAAUCUAGUCAUAUAUAUUAUCAUUCACUAGCUUGUUCUAAUGUUGACGCAUUGAGGGAUAAGCAUUGAACGAACGUGGAUUUCGAGCUGCCGCGUGGGGAGUGGGGUGAUGAUGCAAAAUAAUUCCAAGACCAGAGAGAUGUUUAUCGUCCGAGCCUUGGAAAAGAUAUUGGCUGAUCGAGAUGUCAAAAGAUCACACCUCUCACAGCUCAGGAAAUCCUGCGAGUCUGCGCUUGAGGAUCUCCGCAAUGAGAUCAAAGAUGUACCAGCUGUGCAGGGUGAAGAGGUAACCUCAAAUGCCCUUCCACAACCCAAGAGUGAUUCAAAUGUUAUUACAGCUGAGAAGUACUUUCUGCCAUUUGAGUUAGCAUGCCAGAGCAAGUCACCACGUAUCGUAGUGACAGCACUGGACUGCCUGCAGAAGUUAAUAGCAUAUGGCCAUCUUACUGGCAAUGUACCCGACUCGACGGAGCCUAAUAAGCUGCUGAUUGUACGCAUUGUCGAGACAAUUUGUGGCUGCUUUACUGGUCCACAGACUGACGAAGGUGUACAGCUGCAGAUUAUUAAAGCCCUGCUGACUGUGAUGACAAGUCAGCAUGUGGAGGUGCAUGAGGGUACAGUACUGUUGACAAUUCGUACAGUUUACAAUGUUUAUUUGGCAUCACGUAACCUGGUGAAUCAGACAACAGCACGCGCAACCCUUACGCAGAUGAUUAAUGUGAUCUUUGCGCGAAUGGAGACUCAGGCAGAGGAAGAUAAUAUAAGAAUCGAUGGAGAGCAUCAGCAGGAAAUUCCUAUCAUAGUGAAUGGUGAAACUGAAACUGAGUUAAGUUCAGAAAAUGUUCCUGGUAAUGAUUCUGUUGAUCUCCAAAUAAUUGUCAGAAGUAUCCUUGAUGAUGUAGUGAAAUCCGUGGUACCAUUGGAAGAGGAAGUCAAUCUGGAAAAUGGCAGUCCUGAAGACAAUGGUGAUGAGACAGUCGCUGAAAAUGACAACAUGGUAACUGCCAAAUUCACUCAUGUGCUGCAAAAGGAUGCAUUUCUGGUGUUUCGUGCUCUGUGCAAGCUCUCUAUGAAACCACUGCCAGAUGGCACACCUGAUCCAAAAUCACAUGAGCUCCGUUCCAAGAUCUUGUCGCUUCAGUUGCUUCUGGGUAUCCUGCAGAAUGCCGGUCCGGUAUUGCGUUCCAACGAGAUGUUCGUUAUCGCUAUUAAGCAGUAUUUGUGCGUUGCACUAUCAAAGAAUGGUGUGUCUUCAGUACCAGAGGUGUUUGAACUAUCAUUGGCAUUGUUCUUGGCGCUGCUUGCACGCUUCAAGGUGCACCUGAAGAUGCAGAUCGAGGUAUUUUUUAAGGAGAUCUUUAUGAACAUCCUCGAGACUUCUAGCAGCUCCUUUGAGCAUAAAUGGAUGGUUAUACAUGCACUUACGAGGAUCUGUGCAGAUGCUCAGAGCGUCGUCGACAUCUAUAUUAAUUACGAUUGCGAUCUUUCGGCAGCGAAUCUCUUUGAAAGGCUUGUCAAUGAUCUUUCUAAGAUUGCUCAGGGUCGUCAGGCUUUAGAGCUAGGUGCGUCACCAAAUCAGGAGAAAUCUAUGCGCAUCCGUGGUCUCGAAUGCCUUGUAUCUAUUCUGAAGUGCAUGGUGGAGUGGAGUCGAGAUCUCUAUGUGAAUCCUAGUGUACCGGCAGACCAACAACCGUUGUCAGAUUUACCAGAUACGGCGCCAGAAAUCCCAUUGCCACGUUAUGGCAGCGCCGGCAGCCUCUCGUCGGCCAAUUCCAGUUUAAUCGGUAAUAAGGAGGUACCAGAUUCGCCGGAGCAGUAUGAAGUGCAGAAACAACAGAAAGAAGUAUGGGAGACUGGUAUCGAGAUCUUUAGCCGAAAGCCUGGCAAGGGCGUGCAGUAUUUGCAGGAACAAGGAUUGCUUGGUACUUCGCAGGAGGACGUAGCCAGGUGGCUGCACCUGGACGAGCGGCUCGAUAAAACCGCCAUUGGGGAUUUUUUGGGUGACCAUAAUCAUAAUCAAGUAAUGUACCAUUAUAUUGACCAAAUGAAUUUUGCCGAUCGCGAUCUAGUAACCGCGCUCAGAUAUUUCCUGGAAGGCUUUCGGCUACCUGGCGAGGCACAGAAGAUCGACCGAUUGAUGGAAAAGUUUGCUAGUCGCUAUUGCGAGUGUAAUCCUAAUAACGGUCUUUUUACGAGCGCGGAUACAGCUUAUAUUCUUGGCUUCUCAAUCAUAAUGCUGACCACCGAUUUGCACUCGCCGCAGGUUAAGAAUAAAAUGACCAAAGAACAAUACAUUAGGCUUAAUCGGCGCAACAGUGACAAUGAGGAUCUUCCUGAGGAAUAUUUGUCUAGGAUCUACGACGAAAUUGCCGGCAACGAGAUUAAGAUGAAGUCGAAUCCUAAUAAUAGCCGGCUUGCCGGAAAACAGUUGAUUUCUAGUGAAAAAAAGCGACGGUUGUUAUGGAACAUGGAAAUGGAAGUAAUUUCUACGGCGGCGAAAAAUUUGAUGGAAUCUGUCAGUCAUGUUCAGGCACCGUUUACUACAGCGAAACAUUUGGAACACGUGCGGCCGAUGUUCAAAAUGGCCUGGACGCCGUUUCUCGCGGCCUUCAGUGUUGGACUUCAAGACUGUGAUGAUCCAGAGAUUGCGUCGCUCUGCUUAGAUGGUAUCAGAUGUGCCAUUCGCAUUGCCUGCAUCUUUCACAUGAGCCUCGAACGCGAUGCCUAUGUACAAGCUUUAGCGAGAUUCACUUUGUUGACGGCCAACUCCCCCAUUACCGAAAUGAAAGCGAAGAACAUCGAUACUAUCAAGACUCUUAUCACAGUAGCUCAUACCGACGGUAACUACCUAGGCAGUUCAUGGCUCGAUGUCGUUAAAUGCAUCUCCCAGCUGGAAUUAGCACAGUUGAUAGGCACUGGAGUACGGCCACAAUUGCUGGGUCCACCGUCAAAACCGCACUUCCCCUCGCCAUUAGCAAAUUUCGGCAGUCUCGCGCACUCUGUCAAUUCACACCAAACCAACAAUCUCAAUCUGAGCUCUUUGGAUCCUAGUGUGAAGGAGUCCAUUGGCGAAACUAGUUCGCAGAGUGUCGUCGUAGCCGUUGAUCGUAUCUUCACUGGCUCGACGAGACUCGAUGGUGAUGCCAUUGUCGAAUUCGUCAAGGCUCUCUGUCAGGUAUCCCUUGAGGAGUUAGCACACCCCACGCAACCGCGCAUGUUUUCUCUUACGAAGAUUGUUGAAAUUUCAUACUACAACAUGGGUCGUAUUAGGUUGCAGUGGUCUAGAAUCUGGCAAGUCCUCGGUGAUCAUUUCGACAGAGUGGGGUGCAGUCCUCGACAGGAUAUCGCAUUUUUUGCGGUGGAUUCUCUGAGACAACUAGCUACCAAGUUUAUCGAAAAGGGCGAGUUUGCCAAUUUCAGAUUCCAAAAAGAUUUUCUUAGGCCAUUUGAACACAUCAUGAAGAAGAAUAGGUCGCCUGUGAUUAGAGAUAUGGUUGUGAGAUGCGUAGCGCAAAUUGUUCAUUCGCAAGCACCGAAUAUCAGGUCCGGUUGGAAGAACAUUUUCAGUGUUUUUCAUCAUGCGGCCAGCGAUCGUGAUGAAUCUGUGGUCGAGUUGGCCUUUUCCAUGACUGGCAAGAUUAUUAACGAGUUAUAUGCAGAGGACUUCAGUAUUAUGGUGGACUCUUUCCAAGACGCCGUCAAAUGUUUGAGCGAAUUUGCGUGCAAUGCGUUUUUUCCGGACACUAGCAUGGAGGCAAUUCGGCUAAUACGUUCCUGUGCUUCUUAUAUCGAUGCAAAUCCCAAUUUAUUUGCCGAGGGUAUGAUGGAUGAAAGCGGAAUGGUCUCUGAAGAAGAUCGAGCUUGGGUGAGAGGAUGGUUUCCACUGCUGUUUGAAUUAUCCUGCGUUGUGAGCAGAUGUAAGUUGGAUGUUAGGACACGCGCGCUGACAGUAUUAUUUGAUGUCGUCAAAACUCAUGGUGCAUCCUUCAAGCCUCAUUGGUGGAAGGACCUCUUUCAGGUUCUUUUUAGGAUCUUUGAUAAUAUGAAGUUGCCCGAACAGCAUACCGAAAAAGCUGAGUGGAUGACAACAACGUGCAAUCAUGCACUGUAUGCCAUUGUGGAUGUAUUUUCACAGUUUUACGAUAUCCUGGGUCCUUUGUUGCUAGAACAGCUCUAUUUUCAGCUUCUCUGGUGCGUUCAGCAAGAUAACGAACAGUUGGCACGAUCGGGCACCAAUUGCUUGGAAAAUCUGGUCAUUAGUAACGGCAUCAAAUUUGACGAGCAGACUUGGCAGAAAACUUGUCAAUGUGUCUUAGACAUUUUCGAAAGUACUUUACCGUCUGCGUUGCUUACAUGGAAACCACAUUCACCAAACAAGGAAUCGGACCUUGACGUGAUUACCGGUGAAUCCGAUGGUUUUCAUGUUGGUAUUUUGAAGAGGAGCAACAGCGCACAAAGCUUAAAUACUGAGAUCUUGCCGAAGGCAAAGCUUUUCUCCGCGUUGCAAAUUAAGUGCGUAGUCCAGCUUGAGUUAAUACAGACUAUCGACAACAUUGUUUUUUAUCCGGCGACAUCGCGCAAGGAGGACCAGGAGAAUUUAGCGCUCGCGCAAGCCGAUAUGUUGAACGGCAAAUCGUCAGAGCUUGUAAAGGCUGGCGCUGAUCAGCAGAAGGAGGAACAAGGCAUGUACUGCGCUCUGACAACCAAUCAUCUCCUGCAGUUAGUAGAAUGUCUCCUACGGUCGCAUCGCUUCGCUAAGAGUUUCAAUUCGAAUCACGAGCAACGCAAUGUAUUGUGGAAGGCCAGUUUUCGUGGCAACAUGAAACCGAAUCUAUUGAAGCAGGAGACGCAAUCGCUUGCUUGUGCACUGCGUAUUCUCUUUAAAAUGUACAGUGAUGAGGCGCAUCGCACAGAUUGGUCCAAGAUUGAGGCGCGACUGGUUGAGGUAGCAUGCGAGGCUCUGGAGUAUUUCCUGGCGCUCGCCAACGAGGCUCAUCGCGAUGCCUGGACCCCGAUUUUGCUGCUGCUACUCACCCGAAUCAUCAAGAUGAACGAUCACCGCUUCGCGAUUCAUGCCUCCACCUGCUAUCCCUGCCUCUGCGAGGUUAUGUGUUUCGACCUCAAGCCCGAGCUCAGAUCGAUAUUGCGCAGAUUUUUCCUCAGGAUCGGGCCAGUCUUCAGAAUUACACAACAGUAG